AUGGCGUGUUUAAUACGUACAGUUUUUCCCAGAAAAGUGGACAAUGGCAAUGGAUUAUACUCGCCUACUGUGAAUGCUAACACGCCUUUAGAAGAAAUCCCAAUGGAAGAGUCUGUCAGAAAUAUUUUAACUGAGGAGCAAAUAUAUGAUGACGAAUGGUCAAUUAGCAGAAACAGAUUCUAUUUUAUUGUUCAAUUUUCUGUAUCCGAUUCAUAUAAGAUGGAACGUAUCCUUGACAAACUAGCAUAUUUCAAUAUUGGAAAAACACUUGAUUCAUCAAUUAUGGUUACGGAGCCCACGAUAAAUGUUCAAAAACGUAAUAAAGGCGAAAAAUCGGGUGUUAUAUCUUAUUCGGCAAUUCAAAAUUUUAUUGGAACUUUGAAAUCACGGUUGUGUGUAGCUCAGGUUUACAAUGAGAUUAACCAACGUGGAUCGUUUGAUAUGAAUUAUUUAUGUUUCCUAUUGUGUGCAGCUGUUGUGGCGAAUAUAGCUCUAGUAACCAAUUCCGCUGGUGUUGUAUUUGCAAGUAUGCUAUUAUCUCCUCUCAUGGAUCCAAUCAUGUGCAUUCUUUUCGGUUUGAAUUUACGUGAUCGUAAUAUGACAAUGAAAGGUAUUCGCAACACAUCGAUUUCACUAAUUAUCUGUGUUAUGAUUGGAUUAACAUUUGGUUAUGUAGCACAUGCAAUUAGCGCUUUCCAAGAUGUUACACCAUAUCCCACAAGUGAAAUGGUUCAAAGGGGUGAACUACGAUCUUUUAUCGGGUCAAUGCUUGUGGCAGCAUUCUCUGGUGUUAGUGUUUCUUUCGCUAUACUAAGUAAGCGAUUAUCAGCUUUAAUUGGGAAUGCAAUUUCCCUCUCACUAUUACCACCAGCUGUUAACUGUGGUCAUUUGUUGUUACUCUCUCUUUUGGCCAUCUCUACUGGAGAGAAACGUGAGUAUGGAACAGCAACGGAUACAGAAUCGAAUGUUACAGCAACUUUGCAUUACUGUACUUAUCAAUGGAUUCGACAGUAUGAAUUUAUUUAUAUGCGGAAUCAUUGCAAUGCUCCUCUGGAAUUCCUGUAUGUUGGUCUAUCUAGUUUUUCUCUUGUAACAAUGAAUAUCAUGCUAAUUCUAGUUACUGGAUAUACGGUGAACAAAAUUAAAAAUUUGGUGCCACUUUCGUUCACAAAUGAAAUCACUCGGAGAUUUUAUCAAAAGGAUUUACGAGAGGUUCGUGAAAAUUACAAAUGUUUGCAUAAAUUUGAUGCAGCUGGUUUAGCCACUUAUGCAUAUAAUGAAUAUUUACGUUUAAAUAAAGUGAAUACACAUGAUGAUGAACUAGCCAAUUUGGAUAUUGAAGAUGCUGAUCAGAUUGCUAAUGAAUUUCAUACAAUUAUGAAAGAUCUCAAAAAAGAUCCCUAUCUACAGACUAUUACCGCAGAAACAACCCAAGGUGACAACAGCUUCUUGAAGAGAUUUAUGGAGAAAUCCAACGAAUUAUCAUCAAGAAAUGCAGUGAAACGAGUAAAAAAGCAUCAUACAUUUUGUUAUCCCGAUAAAACGUUUACGGUUUCCCAAGAUGGUACAGUUGGGAACAAUUUUGACAACAAUAAUAGCAGUACAAAUAUUAAUAAAACAAUUAACACAUACAGUCGCCCUAUGUUUGUUAAUCAACAUAUCAACAGUAACACUUGUAAUAUCAUGGACAAUAGGAGUGCUAAUACACGGGUGAAGUUAGUGGAUAAACUAGUAUCUGAAACGAGACCUUCGGUUUUUGCCAAUGAAAAUCUCAAAACAAAUGAUAUCCAGUUUUCAUCAUUGCUUGAAAAAGGCAAGUACCGAAGAUGUCCAAUGAGAAAUGAGAUUACAGAAUCUAAAAUGCGAACCUCCAGUUCUACCGGAAGAUUUGAAGUGGUAUCUGUAGAAUGCCAAUCAGAAUCCGCAUACGAUGCAGAACAAAGUGACAAAGGUGAAAACAACAUUAUGUUGAGAAGAAACGUUUGA